AUGACCGAACUCAACUUCCCGGAGGAUGACCGCUCGGUCGAGCUUUCAUCGAUUGCUGCGAUCUUUCCGGAAAUACAAAUCGAUCCCUCAUCUCCGUUCAAAGCCGUUCUCGAUCUUCCAGUCGCACCUUCUGCCCCAACCUCAAUAUAUUUUCAGCAACCGCUCGAUGUCGCUGCUGCUGCUAUCACGCCUCCAACAUCAGUAGACGAGUCUAAGGGAGAACUUGAACAGCCGCCCAUUAAAGAUGUCCAUCUUCUCUCGCACUUGCCUCCGCUUAAUCUCGAGAUUGAGUUGCCAGAGGGCUAUCCAACCGAAAAACCGCCUAUCGUUCAUCUGAAAACAAACCCCUCAUGGUUACCACUCUUGGUCAUCGAUCGAUUAACCAACGAUUGCCACCGACUCUGGGAAGAAUGUGGAAAGGAUCUGGUCGUCUUUACCUACAUCGACCACCUCCAGCAGCUUGCAGAAGCAACUUUCAAUAUUCAAGAUUCGUCUGGAGAAGUAUGUUUGUCGCGGGACUUGAAGAUCAGACUACUGGACUAUAACAAAAAGGCCGAGCGGGGAAAGUUUGAACAGGGGACUUUUGAAUGUGGGGUAUGCCUUGAACCCAAGAAGGGCACCGUUUGCUAUCGAUUACUUCGCUGCUCCCACGUAUUCUGCAUCAAAUGCUUGCAGGAUUUCUACAACUCCUGUAUUACUGAGGGUGAUGUUGACAAUGUGAAAUGCAUGGCGCCGGGUUGCGAGCACAAUAAGCGACCUGCAGCUACACCACGCGACAGCCAGACCCCGCCCCGCAAGAAGCGUGAUCGCACCCUGGGACCAAGCGAGUUACUUCAAAUUCCUCUGACCACUGAAAUGGUGCAACGAUAUGUAUUUCUCAAGAGAAAGAAAAAGAUUGAAGCCGACAAGACCACAGUCUACUGUCCACGGCAAUGGUGCCAGGGAGCUGCACGAUCUAAGCGACACCCCAAGCUAGAAGAUCUCACGUUGGAUGACUUGGAUAGCUCGGACAGUUCGGAUGAAGAAGAUGGAUCCGAGUCCCGCAGCGAAGUGCACGAUGGAGAGCUUCCUCCCAUGGCGGAACGUGUUUCUAUCUGCGAAGACUGUAACUAUGCAUUUUGCUGCGUCUGCAAGAAAGGCUGGCAUGGCGAGUUGGUACGCUGUUUUCCACGCCGCGAAGGCGAGCCAACGGAGGAGGAAAAGGCAACCGAAGAGUACUUGCGUCUGUACACUACCCCUUGCCCUACUUGCAACGUGCCCUGCCAAAAGCAAAUGGGAUGCAAUCACAUGCGCUGUUUCCAGUGUGACACGCACUUCUGCUACCUUUGCUCGGCCUGGCUGUGUGCAGACAACCCAUAUAGGCAUUUCAACGACGAGAAAGGCGAAUGCUUCAAUCGUCUUUGGGAUUUAGAAGGUGGUGAUGGCAUCAACCCUGAUGGAGCCGAAGCACUCCACCGCAUCCCAGACGCACUUCUAGACUUUGACGAUGACCCGGCAUUGAUAGCCAUUCACGAAGAAACCGAGGAAAGUGAUGACGACCGUCCCGCAUUUGACUUUGAUAUUGAUGAAGAUGGCCUCCACCGACACCCUCCUCCUCCCGCCCCUGUUCCACCUCAAGUCAACCGUGGUGGUGGCAGACCUGACCAGCGUGAUCACGCAGCUGUCCGCGCAGCUGCCGCUGAACGUCAAGCCCAAGCUCGCGCCAUGGCCGAGGUACGAAACCGAAAUGCGAGGCGACAGGCUAGACGCCCUGUUCGAUGGGCAGAAGCCCCUCCCCAACGUCUCCCCCCGCAAGCAGGUGAUCCCAGACGUCCUGUUCAGUGGGCGGAGAUUCCCGAAGAACCAUUGGCAGACGAAGAGGGCCCCAUCCGAUGGGAGGCUAUUGCAAUCCGACCAGGUAGAGCACAGGCACAUCCUGGUCUUCAGCGAUUUUUGGGCCUAGUACAGAACGACCGUGAAGACGAAUGGGAUAGUGAUGAGAUGGAUGACGACUUCUAG